AUGGUUCAAAUCCCGGGUACCGAUCGGUAUUUGUUCAUGGAGCGUCCCUCCGGCUACCACCCCGACCGUUCAAAUUCCAUCGCGGGUUUCUUCGAUGUUCCUACGGCCAACUUCACCCACGUGUACUCCCCCGACGGGCUAUUCUGCUGCGGUCACACGUUGACGGAUAGGGGCGAUGUCCUCGUGGUGGGCGGCCACCAAGCAAAUGCCGGGUACCCAGACGGCAUGCGCUCGGUACGGACCUUCAACCGCUCCUGUACGGAUCUUCGGCUGCGGAAAGUACGGGAGCUGGGCUGGCGACGCUGGUAUCCAUCCGCGACACUGUUGCCGGACGGCAAGGUGCUCAUCAUGGGCGGCACCCAAGGUGUCGGAGCCGGUACGGCAAGCAAUCCAUUCUGGGAGAUGUACAAUCCGCAGGACAACAGCCUCACGCCGUACCCCAUGCGGACAGCUUAUCUAGAGUCCGCCGUACAGGUGUACUAUCCCUUUAAUUUUGUACUGCCGUCGGGACACCUCUUCACCUUUUGCGGACGUACUGGCUGGAUCUUGAACUACACCACCAACACGUGGACGCAACCCGUGCCGCGGCUGCGUGGGUACGGCAGUACGCAGUAUCCGUACACUGGUACGGCCGUGCUACUUGGGCUGUACCCGGAAAGGAACUACCAGGCUGAGGUUGUCAUGUUUGGCGGCCAAAAGGAGGCCGCGGUCAAGGAUUUGACCAUUCCAGCCAACAAGGGCAUCAACCGAAUGACGCUCACAUACAACAGCAAAACGGGCAACUAUACAUUUGACGGAUGGAACGAGGAAUAUCUGACGAUGGGACGUGUCAUGCCCGACGCCGUCUUGCUGCCAAACGGAAAGAUCGUCGUGCUGAACGGCGCCAACACUGGCCUCGCAGGCGACUCAGCAUCCGGAGGCGAUAGCCGCGCCAACUACCCGAACCUCUUCGCAGAGUUGUACGACCCAGAUAUGCCAGCUGGCGAACGAGUCACACAGCUGGGGUUCACUCAAAUAGCUCGUAUGUACCAUUCCACCGCAUGCCUCACAACCAACGGCACGAUCAUCGUCGCGGGUUGCGACCGGUGCUACAAGUUUGCUGUACGGCAAAACUGGACCUACUCGCCGUCGCCCACCUCCAAGGCCGAGUACCGCGUUGAGAUCUUCUCCCCGCCGUACUUUUUCAUGGAUGCCCAAAAACCCGCCAUCGUUUCGACCUACAACAACAACAUCCUGUACUACAACUCCCCAUUCAAAUUGGCAUACGAUUUUCCCGACUUCGUCGGACCAGGGUUUAAGGGCAACGGGGGCUACGGAGCCAUUCGCGUCACGAGUGCCGUACUUGCGGCGCCGUGCAGCUGUACACAUUCGUUCAACACUCAUCAGCGCCUGAUCGGAUUGCGUAUUGCCAGCGAUAACGUAUACACCGGCGUUCUUACAUUAAGAGGCCCCCCAGAUGUUAACAUAGCACCCCCGGGGAUGUACAUGCUCUUCCUCCUCAACGGCGACGUCUACUCCAGGGCCGUCUGGAUUACGUUGCGCAGUACAGCAGCGCCGUCGUCGACGGACGACGACGUCACAAAAGCAAUGGAUGAUGACAGCAGCGCGAGCGGUGCGGGGCUGCCGCCGCUCCGGAAGUCGUCGCCACCGCCGUCAACGAGGCGGGCCCCAGCUCCAGCUCCGGCUCCAGCACAGCCGUCGCACACUGACGGGUCGUCAGCUGCGCCGACGAGCGAUUACGAGCCGUGGUACGACUGGACGCCUUACUCAGCGGCGCCUCCCGACGCUGCAAGCGAGACGGCCAGCGGCGGUGUAUAUGAUGUCUCUGUCGAGGCUUGA